CAGAGAUAUAAAACCCAACCCAACCCACCUGGUUACAACGCUACGCCUAGUUGGGUGGGACGACAAAAAGCGAAGAAAAACGCGGUUUUUGUUCCCCUGCUCUAUCUGACUCUGUCUCUCUUUCUCUCUGCAAAAACCUUCGUUCAUCGUCAACCCACGAACUCAAACAACAAAUCAUUCAUUCUUUCAAUUGUAACAUAUAAAAAAAAAUGGGUUGUUUCGCCAGCAAAAACGCUGACACCAAGGCCAGUAGGGCCGCGCGCUGGCGAUCCACGGGCAUCGUUGCUUUGCGCGAUUCCAAAUUAAAGACGUUUCCGGAUGAAAUUCUCGAGUUAGACAGAUCUGUUCGCACUCUUGACUUGACGCAUAAUCGAAUAGUUGACAUUCCUGUGGAAAUUAGCAAGUUAAUUAAUGUACAGCGCCUGAUAUUAGCGGAGAACCUCAUUGAGAGACUGCCAGUAAAUUUGGGGAAACUCCAAUCUCUGAAACUGAUGAACCUGGAUGGAAAUCGAAUUACUUCCUUGCCUGAUGAAUUGGGCCAGUUAGUAAGGCUUGAACGCAUAUCCAUCUCAGGGAAUUUGUUAACAUCCUUGCCAGCAACUAUUGGAAGUUUGAGAAAUCUGGUGCUUUUAAAUGUGUCAAAUAACAAGUUACAGUCUCUUCCAGAGUCUGUUGGGAGUUGCUUCUCUUUGGAAGAAUUACAAGCUAAUGAUAAUCUUAUUGAAGAUCUUCCCUCUUCUGUGUGCAAUCUCUCUCACUUGAAGUCACUUUGCUUGGAUAACAAUAAUGUGAAGCAGAUACCCCUGAAUUUAUUGAAAGACUGCAAAGCUCUUCAGAACAUAUCACUGCAUGCUAAUCCUAUAUCAAUGGAUCAAUUUCAGCUGAUGGAGGGGUUUCAAGAGUUUGAAGCAAGGAGGAAAAAGAAGUUUGACAAACAAAUUGAUUCAAAUGUGAUGAUCGGUUCCAAAGGUCUUGAUGAGGGUGUUGAUCUAUGAGGUGGUCUUAGGCUUGUUGAUGGGGUUCUUUCAGUUGUACAUUUGGAUGAGCUUCUGGAUGUAGCGUGGAAUACUGGGUGUUUUGUCCAUGCCUUUUAUUUCACAAAUGAAAUAAGUGUAUGGAGAUCCUUUUGUCACGUUGUAUAUUAUUCUUAUUUUUAUUUUUUGUUACCUAUCCAGAUUUGCCUAUAAAUGUGCUGGCUUGUAGAUGCAGGCAAUAUCCAGCACUAGACUAAAUUUCAGAAUAUGGUAUUUGGGGCCAUUUUGUUGAUAAUGAAAUAUGUAUCUCAGCAGCUGUAAAUUACGAACUUUAAAUAUGAUUUGAAAGGCAGUGCAUUCUAUCCCAUUAAUUAUGUCAAGUGAAAAUGUGUGUAGAAUGGGAAGAAUCUUUUGUAUU